AUGAGCUGCAUGUCAACAGUUGGCUUCGGAAACAUCGCCAGUACAACAGAUAACGAAAAGGUGUUUGGAGUGUGCAUGAUGAUUAUAUCAGCUUUGUUGUACGCUGCCAUCUUCGGUCAUAUGACGACGAUCAUUCAACAAAUGACAUCGGCAACCGUGAGGUACCACGACAUGAUAAGCAACGUUCGAGAGUUCAUCAAACUUCAAGAAGUUCCCAAGGAACUUGCCGAGCGUGUCAUGGACUACGUGGUCUCGACGUGGGCGAUGACGAAAGGCAUCGACACACAGAAG